AAAAAGAUUAUAUUUUUUUUUCUUUUCCGCUGUGGUUCUUCUUUAGCUCAAUAAACACAUUGCAACAUGUCUCUUGAACUUGAGCCUUCCGAUUUGCUUCUUUUUCCUCGUCCUUUAGCCGAUGGUCCCAGCGUUCUCAUGAAAGUCCAUAAUACCGGCGACGAAUUGUUGGCCUUCAAAGUCAAGACUACUGCUCCUCGACAUUACUGCGUUCGUCCUAAUGCUGGCCUUAUUGGUCCAGGUGACUCUUUAAGCAUUGAAGUCACUUUGCAACCUUUGAAAACGGAGCCAGCCGAUAACGCUACCUGCAAAGACAAAUUCCUCGUCCAAAGCAUUCCAGUGAUUGGCAAUUUAACCAAGAUGGACUUGUCUGAUUUAUGGACUCAUGUAGAAGCCAACCUGAAGAAUGAAAUUCGACAAAACAAACUCAAAUGCGCCUAUAUGAGCAACACGCACCUAGUGAACAAGACAUCCCAAGUGGGCACGGCAGUAGCAAGUCAGCAAGCUGAAAUCAAGAACAAGGCUCGUCAAGAAGCAUCGUCGCAAGAAGACUCUGAAGUAGCAAGAAUGAAAAAGAAGCUAGCGGAAUAUCAGCAAGAAAUAGCCGCUCUUCGCAAGCGCACCGUUGAAGAUGAAAGCAAGAGAGCAAGAUAUGAAGAAGGAAGCGAGCCCAUGAUCCGAACGCAAGUCAUUGAGAAGACAAAUGGAUAUCCUCCGCAUAUUGUGGUCUUGCUGAUUGCCUUGACCGCCGUUGCAGUAUGGUAUUUUAUGAAUUCUCGCUAAGAUGGGAAGGAAAAUGGAUUUGGAUGAGAGAAGGGACAACGGAUUCUUUGCUAAUGUUGGCCACAACCAAUUUCUGCG